AUGGGCAACCCGCUGCAGGUCCGCGUGUGGACUCUCGACACGGCGACGAAGGGGGUGCUGGUGGACAUGGCGGCCACGGUGCAGGACACGACGUCGCAGCUGAUCAAGGACUUCAGGCUCACGCCCGAGGCGCUGUCGAAACGGGACUGGAAGCUCUACGGCUUCCUGGGCACUGAGCAGUCCGCCUACCUGCGCUUCAAUGGAGCCGUCGGCACGCUGCUGCUGGAGCGCGACAACAUUUGCGACAUCAUGGCCAAGUUCGAGCUCGUGACACCCCCCAAGAGCAAGGAGGCCCUCCACUUCGUAUUCCAGGAGUCGAUGUCGCUCAACCCACAGAACGAACUCUCGGACCCGAUCGCCAACCAUCUGCUGUGCCACCAGGCGAUCGCUCUCGUGAACUCGGGCAAGCACCCCGUCACCGAAGGCGAGGCGGCGUACCUGUCGGCGCUGCAGUACUUCAUCCAGGUGUCGCGCACGGUCAAGGACCGAGGCCGCGCAUCGAUGGCGACUAAGAACAACGAGUUCAUGCAGGCCGUCCGUUUCCUGCCCCCGAAAUCGGAGACCGAGUGGUUGUUGGCGAUCUUUAACGAGUUCGAGGAUCUGGACAAGAACAUGUCCGUGCAGGUGGCCGAGGAGCUCUACCUCGCCACCGUCAGGAGGUGGAAGUACUACGGCUCCACCAUCUUCUUCUGCGAGAACAAGCAAUACCCGGGCACGAAUGCGAUUGGCGUCAGUCGCGAAGGUCUCAUCAUUCUGCGACUCCCGCAAAAGGAGCCAUUGGCGAUUGCCACCUUCAAGGCCAUCUCCAAUUGGUCGUCGGCGAAGAACGACGCGCUGGGCGUAGUUGCCGGCUCGCUGAUGAACCCGCAGCGGCUCGUCUUCAACACACCACAUGCCCAGCAAGUGGUGCAGGCGCUCGAGAAGAUGGUGGAGAAGCUGGUGCAGGGGAGGAGAAAGGAGGAGGAGAGCCACAGGCCCAACUACAUGCCCUGCGCCACGUUCCGCUCCACCUUGCUCACACCCAAGAAGCCGUUCUAG